CGCGCGGGGCCCGGGCUUCGGCAGAUCAGCCAGGGAGGCCCCGCCGCGCCCCCUCGGCCCGCGCGCCCGUGGUCACAGCGGAAGAGGCGCCCACGCCGCGCUGCCCGGAGGGGCCGUCGCGCGCCCGCUUCCUGUUUGGCUGGUUCCUGCCAGCUCGAGGACAAAAUACGCGUGCGCGCGGUGGGCGAGCGCGCUCGCCGCCUCAGUCGCCAGCGCCGGGCGCAGUCCGCCUUUUUCCGGAGCAGCCUGGCCGCGGUGCUAGUCGGUAGCAGCGGCCGCCGCAGCGGCUCCCCACUGGCGAACCGAGGGCAGAAAAAGGCGGGGUUGACGGCUUUUUGGUAGGAGUGGGCUGGACCGGACGCCAGAGACAAAGGCUCCCAAGGCAAGAGGGACUGUGGCCCUGCGUCGUCUCUGCUCGGGACUGCUGACCCCAGGAAUUUACGCCCCUUCGUUUUUCUCUUCUGAUUCUUCCCCCAAGCCCGCGUCCCCUGACGCGUGGCCUCUCUCCUUGCCGGGAGGGCCGCGAUGGAGGUCCCGCCCCGGCUUUCCCAUGUGCCGCCGCCAUUGUUCCCCUCCGCUCCCGCUACUUUAGCCUCUCGCAGCCUCUCCCAUUGGCGGCCGCGGGCGCCGCGGCAGCUAGCCCCGCUCCUCCCUUCGCUCGCUCCCAGCUCCGCCCGGCAGGGGGCGCGCCGGGCCCAGCGCCACGUCACCGCCCAGCAGCCCUCCCGAUUGGCGGGCGGGGCGGCUAUAAAGGGAGGGCGCAGGCGGCGCCCGGAUCUCUUCCGCCGCCAUUUUAAAUCCAGCUCCAUACAACGCUCCGCCGCCGCUGCUGCCGCGACCCGGACUGCGCGCCAGCACCCCCCUGCCGACAGCUCCGCCACUAUGGAGGAUAUGAACGAGUACAGCAAUAUAGAGGAAUUCGCAGAGGGAUCCAAGAUCAACGCGAGCAAGAAUCAGCAGGAUGACGGUAAAAUGUUUAUUGGAGGCUUGAGCUGGGAUACAAGCAAAAAAGAUCUGACAGAGUACUUGUCUCGAUUUGGGGAAGUUGUAGACUGCACAAUUAAAACAGAUCCAGUCACUGGGAGAUCAAGAGGAUUUGGAUUUGUGCUUUUCAAAGAUGCUGCUAGUGUUGAUAAGGUUUUGGAACUGAAAGAACACAAACUGGAUGGCAAAUUGAUAGAUCCCAAAAGGGCCAAAGCUUUGAAAGGGAAAGAACCUCCCAAAAAGGUUUUUGUGGGUGGAUUGAGCCCUGAUACUUCUGAAGAACAAAUUAAAGAAUAUUUUGGAGCCUUUGGAGAGAUUGAAAAUAUUGAACUUCCCAUGGAUACAAAAACAAAUGAAAGAAGAGGAUUUUGUUUUAUCACAUAUACCGAUGAAGAGCCAGUAAAAAAAUUGUUAGAAAGCAGAUACCAUCAAAUUGGUUCUGGGAAGUGUGAAAUCAAAGUUGCACAACCCAAAGAGGUAUAUAGGCAGCAGCAGCAGCAACAAAAGGGUGGAAGAGGUGCUGCAGCUGGUGGACGAGGUGGUACGAGGGGUCGUGGCCGAGGUCAGGGCCAAAACUGGAACCAAGGAUUUAAUAACUAUUAUGAUCAAGGAUAUGGAAAUUACAAUAGUGCCUAUGGUGGUGAUCAAAACUAUAGUGGCUAUGGCGGAUAUGAUUAUACUGGGUAUAACUAUGGGAACUAUGGAUAUGGACAGGGAUAUGCAGACUACAGUGGCCAACAGAGCACUUACGGCAAGGCAUCUCGAGGGGGUGGCAAUCACCAAAACAAUUACCAGCCAUACUAAAGGAGAACAUUGGAAAAAACAGGAGGAGAUGUUAAAGUAACCCAUCUUGCAGGACGACAUUGAAGAUUGGUCUUCUGUUGAUCUAAGAUGAUUAUUUUGUAAAAGACUUUCUAGUGUACAAGACACGAUUGUGUCCAACUGUAUAUAGCUGCCAAUUAGUUUUCUUUGUUUUUACUUUGUCCUUUGCUAUCUGUGUUAUGACUCAAUGUGGAUUUGUUUAUACACAUUUUUAUUUGUAUCAUUUCAUGUUAAACCUCAAAUAAAUGCUUCCUUAUGUGAUUGCUUUUCUGCGUCAGGUACUACAUAGCUCUGUAAAAAUGUAAUUUAAAAUAAGCAAUAAUUAAGGCACAGUUGAUUUUGUAGAGAGUAUUGGUCCAUACAGAGAAACUGUGGUCCUUUAUAAAUAGCCAGCCAGCGUCACCCUCUUCCCCAAUUCGUAGGUGUAUUUUAUGCUCUUAAGGCUUCAUCUCCCUGUUAACUGAGAUUUCUACCACACCUUUGAACAAUGUUCUUUCCCUUCUGGCUAUCUGAAGACUGUCCUGAGAGAAAGACCUAAGUGUUGUGAUUAGUAGAAGCUUUCUAGUAGACCAUAUUUCUUCUGGAUUGUAAUAAAAUUGUUAGUAGUAGUACUUUGUUCCUGUCUCUGGAAAGCCAUUUUUGAAUUGCUAAUUACCUUGGCUUUAAUCAGUGGUCACCUAGAAAAAGCUUUGUAAUCAUAACAGAAUGAUUUUAAUUCUUGAUAAAAAUUCAGAUGCACAUGGAAAGGAGCACUGUAAAACUGGUAGGAGCUAUGGUAUAAGAGCAUUGGAAGUAGUUAUAACUCAAGGAUUUUGGUAGAAAGAUAUGAGUUUGGUCGAAAGAUUAAAAUUUGAAAUAGUGGCAAAAUAAUAUUUAGUUGUGGUGUUUUCUCACAGCCACCACAAGAUUGAACAAAAUAUUUUCUGGGCAUUCCGAGGAAGUUGUAUUACAGUUAGCUGUUAAUGCUGUGUGAGUUUAGAAAAAGUCUUGAUAGUAAAUCUAGUGUUUGACACUGCAUGAACUGAGUAGUUAAACAUUUACAUAUUUCACACAGGAAUAGUGGAAAAGGUAUCUUGGGUGUGACUAAGUCAUUACAAAUGUGACUGAGUCAUUACAGUGGACCCUCCAGGUGCAUUGAUAAUCUGUUUUAUAUCCAGGUUUCAGAGGACCUGGAAUAAAUAAAAACUUUGAAUUUUGCAUUCAGUGUAGUUGGAUUUUGGGACCUUGGCCUCAGUGUCAGCUACUGGGAUUGGCAUAUGUGUUCACAGGCAGAGUAGUUGAUCUCACAACGGGUGAUGUCAAAACUGGUAAGUUACGCUCAUGAGCCCUCCCUUUUUUUUUUUUUUUAAUUUGGUGCCUGCAACUUUGUUACAAUGAUUCUACUUCCUGGGCUUUCACAUAAUGCUCUUGGCCUUUUUUUGCUGCUGUUUUGCUAUUCUUACACCUAGGCCAAGUACCAGUGUUGGCUGUUGGAAGGGAUUCUGUUCAUUCAACAUGCAACUUUAGGGAAUGGAAGGAAGUUCAUUUUUAAGUUGUGUUGUCAGUAGGUGUGGUGUCUAGGGUAGUGAAUCCUGUAAGUUCAAAUUUAUGAUUAGGUGACAAGUUGACAUUGAGAUUGUCCUUUUCCCUGAUCAAAAAAUGAAUAAAGCCUUUUUAAACAAAA